AUGGCCUUGCCAAAGAGAAUAAUCAAGGAGACACAGCGCCUACAGACUGAGCCUGUUCCAGGCAUUACUGCAAAGCCCAAGGAAAACAAUCUCCGCCACUUUGAUGUUACCCUCGAAGGACCAGCCGAUUCUCCGUAUGAAGGCGGCAUCUUUGUACUAGAACUUUUCCUGCCGGAAGAUUAUCCUAUGGCUCCUCCCAGAGUCCGGUUCAAGACAAAGAUAUAUCACCCCAACGUCGACGGAAUCGGAAGGGUUUGUCUGGACGUCCUGAAGAAUAACUGGUCCCCUGCUUUGCAAAUCCGAACAAUCCUCUUGUCGAUCCAGGCUUUACUUGGAGCCCCGAACGCUGACGAUCCCCUUGCCGCUGAUGUUGCCAAACACUGGCUCAGUGAUUCUGCCGCAGCCAUUGCGCAGGCAAAGGCGGAUACGCACCUGUAUGCGACGCCAGAGGAGGCUGCCAGGCUCUUGGCCAGUUAA